ACAAGAUCGACUCUGCAAAAGACCGGUCAUGUGACUGAUGACCAGCCAAUACACACCGGCGUUACAAAAGUGUUUGAUCGAGCAAGUACGAGCGUGGAUAAUGGUCGGGGAGUUGUGGAGCAGUGUGUGUACCGUAUCCCGUACGAAGGUUUUUCAACUUCAACCCGAAUCCACUGUUCCUAAUUAGCAAAGCGCUCGAUUUUCAACAUGUUCCAGCUUCUCCGGUGAUUCUGGAAAUGUAGAAAUUGAAUAUUUUGAGCUAGAAUGUUGGAAAAUGAUGUCCGAACAAGUGGGAGAAGUCAUGACUUCGAAUGCUCCCAUUCCCGCUGAAGUAGAUUUGUCAACUGCCUACGAUAGCCGACUAUUUGGAUUCAUGACGACGGAAGGGGAAGAGGGAGCCCAGAAAAAGGCCAUGUUAAAUAAGGCCAUCGCUCAGCUUGAGCAGGAGAUCAAGAAGAAGGAGGUCAGUGACCCCAAGAUCUACUGCAAGCUGGGACAUUACCAUUUACUGCUGGGAGAAUACAGCAAAGCUCUGUCAGCCUAUCAGAAGUUCUUCACAUUGGAUAGCGAAUACUGGAAGGAUGCAACCUUUCUGUAUGGGCUUGGUAUGGUUUACUUCCAUUUCAGCGCCUACCAGUGGUAAGUCCGACAUGUUAUAUUCUGUGCUGCUUUGUAAUUUGUGGAAUUUAUUUUUGUGUAUUAUUGUGAUGAAAUUAUUUUGAUUUAAAUUUUCCUGACUUGUCUA